GAACUGUCAAUUGGUCCCGUCGCUCUCCAUCGGUGGUAAGCCGUUGUUGAGCAACAUCGAGGAACUUCGGGCAUGCCGCCCUGCAUUGUUCAUCAAUUCUCAUCGCCCACGCCGGCCGCAGCCCGGCCGGUACAUCAGUUCUCAUCAAUCUUGCCCGCCCGAACUCAAGAUCAAUAGGUGCGGGUGUCCUUUGGGCAACGACGAGUCGCAUCAGCUAGACUACUUGUCCCAGAAGCCGAGUUGCAGCCUUCAGAUCCCUCCGGGAGAUGUUUCAAUCUAAUGUCAGCAUCAACGCCCGCAUCAUCUAAGCAACCUCAUCGCCGCCAAACGACGAAAGGGACAUUUGAGGGUCAAUGGUGGUAUUGUGAUUGCAAUCCGCCUCUCCAGGCGGCCUUCCUGCAGGUGAAGAAGCCGGGACGGAACAAAGGGAGAUGGUUUUACACGUGUGCCAAGCCGCAGGAUUCGCAAUGCUCUUUUUUCCUGUUUGAGGAUGAGGCAAAUGCGAUUAAAAAGAAGGCCCUCCAGGAGAAGUCGGGCUUCAACAGCGGUGCCUUUGGACCAAGAAGCCCCAAGCCUGCGGGCCGUGGUGCUGAAACCCCAUUCUCCCAGGAUGUGUCCAUGACAGCUGAGGGGCCCAUCUUCUCACAGAGUAGUAGCGUGUUUCCGACGCCGGCCCCUGGAGAGCGCCGCCUAGGCAGGCUGCCUCCGGUGCCAGACUCAGGUUGGAGUUCCGAUGAGGACAGUGAGGGUACGGCGGCCGGCCGCCGCGAACACAGCUCUGGUCCGUGCCUGGGUGUGGCGUCACCGGCGUCAAAAAGAAAGAGACCCCUGGCAGAGGGCGAAGAUGCUGAGCGGCCCGCCGCUGAUAAAGGCGAGAGCGGCACCGCAGCGGGACCGUCCGACCUCGGCCCUAAUAAUGUCGAUAUGACGGUCGAAACAGCAAACCAGAGCGACCGUGUGCACCAGAGUCAGCAGCCCCAGCUGUCCCAGUCCCAGCAAUCCCAACGAUCCAAGUCUGCUAGCGACAGCCCGGCGACGCCAAGCGGGAGGAGUACACGUCUGGGAUUUGGCGUGCCGCAGACGCCAACUUCGGGCAACAGCUCCAACGCCGCCUCGGCGUCGGAGCCGGGAACCAAGCGAUUCAAGACAAACCAGGGGCUGCCCGCAUCGACGCCUUCGUCAGCCCGGAAAUGGGGAGGUGGAAGCGGAGGCCAGCCACAGGGGGCCAACGACUUCUCGGAAGACGACGCCGAAAUCACGACUGCCGUGCUGGGUCUGCUCAAGGCAGAGUCGGUCUCGGCGCCGGUGCGGCGGGCGGUGCGCGAGACGCUGAAUCUCCAUGCCCUCCGGUGCCGCGGGGUGGAGCGCGGCCGCGACGUGCUCCGGGAGGGCCUGAAGAAGAAGGAUCAGCUGAUCGCCGAGUUGCAGGCGCGCGUCGCCAAGCUCGAAGGCGAGCGGCAGACGCGGCGGGAGUUGCUCAGGAGGGCGGCCAGCAAUCUUGAGGAAGCGCUGAGCCAGGAGAGCAGAGAUGACUGAGUCAAGUGUGCUUAUGUGUCUCCCGGGCUUUGCGGUUGCAGACGGUUGGUAUGAAGCAGGUUCGGAUCCCGAUGCACCCCUGAUUUACGCCGUACAACGGCUACGGCGUAUGUACAGUACAUACCCUGGGCGAGUGGGAUAGGUAAGCGGGCGAACAUGUACACUCUAGUUAAUCACAAUGUCGAAGUGUUUAAAUUUCCACCUGGAGUGCUAGUUAAAUGUCCAGCGUUGAAUUCGCUUUGCGUGCAACGAGA